UUGCUGCUUGCAGAAUAGUAGUAAAUUAUGGAGAAUGGUGGUAGUGUUGACAGCAUCGGUGGAUUAGAUGGUGACUUCUGUUUACCGCAAGUCUUUUGAAGAAGUGCAUUUUGCAAUGCGAGUCCGCAGGGUUUAGCAAAUAGAGGAGCCAGAGAUCCAGUUCCUUAUGGCUGUGUAUGAUGAGAACCUCCUGAAGAACCCUUUUUACCUGGCGCUGGAGAAGCAGAGACCCGACCUGUGCAGCAGAGUGGCAGAGCUACAUGGCAUUGUUUUGGUGCCGUGCCGUGGAAGUCUAACCCUUAGUGCAUACACAGCAGCCCAGUUUGAAACCUAUGUUUUACACCCAUCUGGAGAAGGGUAUCAGACUGUAGAUGGAAAGGAGCUGACCAUCCAGGACAGCUUGGUGAGACUGGGCUUGGGGUUCCAGGCCCCAGCCAAUGUGCCCAUCCUGUUUGAGGAGACCUUCUACAAUGAGAAGGAGCAGUGCUACAGUAUCCUCUGUAUCGCCAGGCCCAUCGACACUGACCAAAGCCCAGUGGAGGUGACCCCCAGCCCGGCCCCGUACUAUCUGAAGAAUGUGGAGGAUGUCAGGGAGUUCCUGGGCCACCAUGUUGAGAAACUGGACAAGUUCAUCAGCAGCUUCUGCCACUCAUUUAAGGAGCAGGAAAAGAAGGGACUGCGUCACCACAUCGACUCUGUGAAUUCUCUUUAUACUAAAUGUCUUCAGUGCCUGUUGAGAGACUCGCGCCUGAAAUUGCUGGUGAAACAGGAGCUCCAGAUGACUCUCCUCAAACAGGCGGCUGAGAUGUAUAUACAUCAUGGUAUCCAUGAUUUCAUCUUUAAUUUUGUGGGGACUCUUGAAGCCAGCCAGGAUUCUGCCUUCAACAAAACCACCAGAGGUCUGCAGGACCUGCAGCAGAAAGACUUUGGGGUCAAAUCUGAAUUUAGUAUAAAUAUCCCUCGGGCCAAGAGAGAGCUGAGCCAGUUGAACCACUGCACCUCUCCUCUACACAAACUGCUCUGUCUCAGGAAGGUGUCUCUCACAAUCAUGCAGUCCCCCAGCCACUUGGUUAGCUUAGAGUCUCUGUGUGCAGACGACCUUCUGUCUGUGAUUCUGUACUUACUGGUGAAGACGGAAAUCCCCAAUUGGAUGGCCAACCUGAGCUACAUCAAGAACUUCCAUUUCUGUAACUCCACCAAGGAGGAGCUGAGCUACUGGCUGACGUCGUUCCAGGCCGCCGUGGAGUUCAUCAGCCAGGGAAACUUCAACCUGAGCCAGGGACGCGUGGGCUUAGGGGACCUGAACGACAAAGUGCAUUUCACCCAGACGAUAAACCUGCUCUCCCAGAACUCUGCUACCCCCAUAGACUGUCUGUUUCAGCACAUAGCCAAUGGUAACGAGGUAGAGGUCCAGCGUGUGUUGAGUGAGAACCAGAGUGACAGGGUAAAGGGGUGCCACCCCCUCUGCUCCUGUGACCACUGUGAGCUCCGUCUCUCUGGGAGCCUGAAUGACCCCUCUAUCAUAACGCCCUUCUCUCGGGACGACAGGGGAUACACACCACUUCACGUCGCUGCUAUCUGCGGUCAGUCCCUGUUGAUCGACCUGCUAGUGUCUAAGGGAGCUCUGGUGAACGCCACAGACUACCAUGCCCUCUCACCCCUACACCUCUCCUGCCAGAAGGGCUACCAGCGAGUCACGCUGCUGCUCUUGCACUAUAAGGCUUUCUCCGGUGCCCAAGAUAACAAUGGCAACACUCCUCUGCACCUGGCCUGUAUGUACGGACACGAGGAUUGUGUUAAAGCCCUGGUGUACUACGACCUGCACAUGUGCCGUCUGAACAUCCAGAAUGACAAAGGUGACACCCCCCUGCAUAUCGCAGCCCGGUGGGGCUAUGAGGGCAUCAUUGAGGUGCUGUUGGAGAACGGAGCCAGCACCACCAUCUACAACAAGGUCAACGACUCUCCACUACAAUGUGCCCUCAACUCUAAGAUUCUGACGCUAUUGGAGUUGUCCCACAACAGCUCUCAUAGAAGAGAGAACAAUGAUUCCCCAAACCGUUCCCCCCAGGCCUCUGACUGCAGCAGCCGCCGCUCCUCUGUUUCCAGCACCACCUCCCAGAGCUCCGAGGCCAGACCCGACGGAGACAGGGUCCGACACAAAGAGGUGGAGAAGUUGCUUCGUGCGGUGGCGGAUGGAGACAUUGAGAUGGUGCGGUACCUGUUGGAGUGGUUGGACGAGGAACCAGAGGAGCAGCAUACAGGGCUGCCAUCCUGGACAGAACUGUGCCACCCGCUGUGCCAGUGUCCACACUGUGGACCAACACAGAAGAAGUUGGCGUGCCUGCAGGCCAGUGGUCUGAGUGUGAACAGCAGUAGUGUGGAUGGCUUCACUCCCCUCCACGUCGCAGCGCUCCAUGGUCACACGGCCCUAGUGUCCCUGUUCAGCCGCCACGAGGCCAAUGUUGAUGCACGCAACAGUCAGAGCGCCACGCCACUGCACCUGGCCAGCCAGAACAACCACAUACAGGUAGUGACAUCACUGCUGGAGUGCAACGCCAAGCUGAAUAAGAAGGAUCACUAUGGCAACACCCCUCUCAUCCACGCCUGCCUCAGAGGUCACCUGGACACAGCCACCAUCCUGCUACAGAGCAAUGCGUCAGUGAACCUGUCCAACAUCCAGGGGAACACGGCCCUGCAUGAGGCUGUGAGGGGAGGUCACCUGGCUCUGGUGGAGCUGUUACUGCAGGCUGGAGCAAUGGUCCACAUGAGGAACCGAAGACAGAGGACAGCACUGGACUGUGGGAAGGAGACUGGGGGCAAGAACACUGAAAUCCUGAGGAUUCUUCAGAAGGCUUCUGGACUCUCCCCUGAUGCUGAACCAAUCAAACUGCUCUCUGUGCCCAAGGGGGCUUUGGCCCAUUCAUUUGUCCAGAGGUUCAAGCUCCAUCAGCAUAAUACCAAUGGAAGAUGUCAGAAGCUGGCCCAGUCAAUCAGCAGAGUUCAGCAGAUGAAGAAAGGUCUUCCCAGGGACACCAGUGUGCCUUCCAUCAACUCACCCACUGCCCAGAGGAGGAAGCUGAGGCGUGGGGUGACCCUGGAGAGCAGUGGGCCUUUCAGCAUCUGCUCCAGCCCAGAGGGAAGCCCCCCGCCUGGGUACCACAGGGACAAAGAGAGGGUCCUGAGCCACUGUCACACCGUGGACACAGAGCACCCCUCAUUCCCUCAGCGGGCCCGGGACCUGAGGCACACAGGAGAGGUUGAGGUGGACACACAUGUAGCCGAAGACCCUUCAGACACUCCCGGUGAGCCUGACAUACACACACCUGACGUGUCAAGUACACAGCUGAUGACCGUUCAAAUACACACACACACAGCCAACGACCCCUCUAAUACCCUACAAACAACCAGCAGCGACCUGUCACACACACCUAGCCAAGUCAAUGAAGGAGACUAAGACCGAGAAGGACAUGAAAAAGAUGUCCUCACCAGAUACAGAGUUACAGUGGAGAAGAUACUGUCCAGAGGCUGGUAGAAGACCUGGUGGGAGAAAUGGAGAUCCUCUAAGGAACGGAUGGAUGGUUGAGGCAGAUCCCAGACGGGAGAACUUACACAGUGGGUUAACCAGAGAUGAGUGGAGCUUAGUUCUCGUUACAGAAAGAUAACUUCUAUACUGACUGUUAUGGAAAGCACUUUUUCACCUUGCCUUCAGGAAAAAGGGUAACAAAUCAUGUUAAUUCAACUUCAUGCGAAUGUCAUUCCUAUUUUAGUACAUUUUUAUUUGUUUGCUCACUCUUCUAAAAGAGAGUAGAUAGAACGUUCUAACUGACAUUAUAGCAUAUCACGAUGAAGAAAGUUGUUUUACUUGAUGGGAUCAUCCUCGUCUAUGCUCCUCUUACAUCUGCCAGAGUUUUAUUUCAACACGUACAAUCAGGACUCUGUUUUUAUUCCUAACUAUUUCGUUUUUUUAUUACACUUCUCAGGUUUGGAUAUCAUUUUUAAUUGACUGCGUUAGUUAUUCCCUUUUUUAGAGAACCAAUUCUCCUUUUCAACCCAUCUAUAACACAUGGCCUCCCUGGUGUGACAUCUGAAUGACUAUGCACAGUAAGGCCACACUUGUAUCGCAGUGAAUGUCACUUUUCUUGGUUGCUCUGUAGGUAGAGGGAGCAAUGUAUACACACAUCUAUAUACAGUGAGUAGCUCAAUUUGUUGACUCCAGAAAUUGUACUGUAGUUGUACUGCAUUUGAGAAUAUAGUACCACAACUGCCAUAGUUAAUGUCUAUCAUCUUUACUGUAUUCUGAUGUCACACAUGCCAUGGAAAUGGGUAGAUAUGUAACCUGUAGAAAACAAUAUAAUGCAAAAAGUGCUUAUCAUUCAGCAGAAAAUUCCGUUUCACCUCUGUGGCAGUUGAUUCUGCCAAGCAAGGCCAUAUAGGACCCAACCGAUGCUAUUGGGAGUUUGCACUUUACUCCUACCAUUUUUUGUUUUCUGUCAACAACACUCUGAAAUGUCUGUAGCUCUUUUUGAAUUGACAUUAAUUGAAAUAAUCGUUAUCCAGCACAUACAGUAUAUUUAACACAAACGACUAGCAUCGAUCAGCGUACGGAUGUAUUUUUAUUUCAAGGUGACCGUUUUGGUAUAUGCUGUAGUAGUUAUCCACUCCAAUUUCAAUGUUAAUUUAUGUACUAAAGUAUUUUAUUUUGAAUGUUGAGGCAGUGGACAAUAAAUAAACCCAUGAUCUAUUGUCA